AUGGCGGACCAGGACGUUUCGAGGUCCGAGUACGAUGCAAGCCCUCUGCUCAUCAAGGUGUCAGUGGUGAUGCCCAUCCUGUCCGUGUUGGUUGUAGGCUUGCGAGUGUGGUCACGCAGGAUCGGUCGCACCCAGCUCGGCAUGGAUGACUGGCUCAUCAUCAUGGCUCAGGCAUUCUCUUUUGGAAUCCCAAUCGCGGCUGUUCUUAGUGCUCUCCAUGGAGUCGGGAAACACAUCGAAGUUGUCGAAGCAGAAGACCCCAACAACAUGCAAUGGGUGAUGGGCAUCCUCUUCGUCGGAGAACUCGCAUACAUCUCCCUGAUCGGACUUAUCAAAGUCUCGAUCCUCCAGCUCUACCUACAUGUAUUCCCGACGCCGUACAUGAACAAAGGCGUCAAGGGGAUAUACGUACUGCUGGCGCUGUGGACGGUUGGCUGCAUGAUCCUGACGAUAUUCCAAUGCACGCCGAUCAACGCGGCCUGGGACAAGUCGUUGGUCAGAUCUGGGGCGGCGCACUGCGUUGAUCAGGGCGCGUACUUCAUUGGCGUUGCUGUACCACAUACCGCAACAGACGUACUGAUACUCACCCUCCCGCUGUUCGAGCUGCGGAAGCUGCAGAUGCCGAAUUGGAAGAAAUGGGCGAUUAGCGGGAUAUUCCUGCUGGGUGGCUUUAUCGUCGUCGUCUCCAUAGUGCGACUCACGACGCUUAUCGCAAUGUACAACGCAGGCGACGAGGCAGACACAACAGUCCUGCUCAUGCCAGUCGAGCUCUGGACGGUAACCGAGGUAUCAGUCGCAAUCAUCUGCGCGUGCCUCCCUACAUUGGGACCGCUGGUUGCGCGCUUUGGCCCGGCCACGCUGCGGCUGCUCAGCACGGGGCGCAGGGGCGCGAGCAACACGGCCGGCAGCGCGACGCUGACGCCAUCCUCCGGGGCGCUGGACAACUCGAACAGCAGCAGCAACCACGCCCGGCAGCGGAAGCAGCAUCAGCAUCAGCACCGCCAUUUCUCCCCGUCGCGCAGCAACCGCAAGUUCCAGAGGCUCGACGGGGACUCUUCCGUGGACAUUGACGGGGACGGGGAUGGCGGACCUGGGGCUGGGGUCGGUGCGGACGAUGACGGGUUCUACCCGAAGGUGACGCCGAAGGGGUACGCGGUGGAGCAUGGCGUGGAGAUCUCGGCGGCGGCGGCGGCUGGUGGUGGUGGUUGCAGGAGGAUGGGAUCACCAACAGCUCCUGCUGCUGCCGCCGUGGUUGCCAUGGGUGCUCCCGGGGCGGCCAACGGGCACGCCGACUUGGAGGCGGAUGAGAUCCCGCUCCAGGGGAUCCAUGUCAAGCAGGACAUGACCUGGACGGUGGUGGAGGACUCCAGCAGGCCAUAA